GAAUCCAAGAUGACCCCUAAAUAUGUGGUGCUCUAAUUAUGUUUUUUUGUGUUUUAAUUAAUACUAUUUAGUAUUUAAAAAAAAUACUAGAAUCACAGGUGGUAUUUGCAGUUUUUCAGAAAUACAUACCUGGUUUUGAAUAAAUUAAGAUGUAAAUGAGAUCUCUGGAUCCAAUCAUUAACAUUCACAACAGCUUGUUCCUUGUCCUUUGUUAAAUCAUUAAUCAGUCUGAAAAGCAAAGGUCCUAACACAGACCCUUGUGGUACUCUAUAACUAUUUAUCAAUAAUCCCUGAUUUCAUAUGCGGUAUUUUAAAAGAACAUCUUGUAUAACAUAAUCCAGUUUAUUGCUGUUAGUGAGUAGUUAAAAUUGGGCAGUCUAGUUAAUAAUAAUCAAUGAUGGAUAGUGUUCCAUAAAUUUUAUGCUUACUCUUUUCUGAGCAUUGACGGAUCACAGACCAGGCAGUUUUUAUUUCACUCACUGAGCUGAAUAGAGAUUUUUAUCUUUCCAGCUUCUGCUGCUCAAAAAAAAAAUUAAAAUACUGAAAGAAGAAAAAAAUGGACAGCAGAUCAAAUAAUUCUUAUACACACUGGGUCUAACAGAAUAAUACAUUAACUUGUUUUCUAGAGUAUUCAAAGCUCUUUUCAUUGGAAAAAUGUAUUGUUGUGCCUGCUAAAUGAGGGGUGGCGACCUUUACGUUAUUUACUAGAAGUGAAGUAAACCAGUUUUGCGAGUCUUUGUUGAUCUAUAACUGAGGUUGCUGUUAAAGUGUGGCCACAUUACUCUCUGGACCCACCUUGGAGCUCUUCCUCUUCUUACGAACAACAAAAGCUGUUAUAAGAACGACUGGUCAUGGCUCUGCGACCCAGAGCUUCUUCCCAGCCAGGAAAACUUUCUCUGCCUCUGAUCGCCAAGGUGACCUCAUCCCUUCGUCCACGAGCCGUUUCCUCUCGCUCAUGGUCCAUGCUGGAGGAUGAGCUGUCUUGUCCCAUCUGCUGCGAGAUCUUCAAGGAGCCAGUCGUGCUCAAGUGCAGCCACAGCUUCUGCAGGGCCUGCCUGCAGCAGUUCUGGAACAAGAAGAAGGCGCGGCGCGAGUGUCCGGUCUGCAGGAGGAAGUGCUCUCUGACGGAGCCCACGGUCAGCCUGGCCCUGAAGAAUGUGGCCGACACCUACCUGAGGGAGCAGGAGAGGAGGACUUCGGUGGCCGGGCCGGGGACGGGGGCCAGCGUGGCCGCGGAGGAAGCGGUGGUGCUGGAGGAGAAGUGUGCGACACAUGGGGAGGUUCUCAAACUCUUUUGUAUGGAUGACUUUGAAGUCUUGUGCUGUGUGUGUCACACUUCCAAGAAGCACCAGGGACACAAAAUGUGUCCUCUAGAUGAAGGAGCCCAGGAUCUGAAGUCAGAACUGAAGAAGGAGCUGACCCCCUUGAAGAAGAAUCUGCGGCGCCUGUAUGAAGCCAAGCAGGAGUGUGAUGACACAACUGUGCACAUCAAGAACCAGACGCAGGCCACAGAGAAGCAGAUACGGCAGGAGUUUGAGGAGCUUCGGGAGUUUCUGGAGCGGGAGGAGGAAGUGAGACUGGCCACCCUGCAAAAGGAGGAUGAGGAGAAAAAGGAGCUGCUGAGGAAGAAGUCUGAAAGCAUAACCAGAGACAUCCUGACUUUUUCCCACGCCGUCAUCGCCAUAGAGAAUGAGAUUGCGUCCAGUGAUGCUCAGUUCCUUCAGAAUUACAUCAGUACAAAGAAAAGAGCACAGCUCCCCCAGAAAGGUCCGGAAAAAGUGUCAGAUGCCCUUAUAAAUGUGGCCAAGCAUGUGAGCUCCCUGAAAUACCACGUUUGGGCAAACAUGGUGGAACUGGUUAAGUACACUCCCAUCACCCUGGAUCCCAACACCGCCUACUCCUGGUUGUCGCUCUCCUCAGACCUGACCAGCGUGGCCAACAGUGGAUCCCUCAAGCAGCUCCCAGACAAUCCUGAGCGUUUUGGUCACUUUGUGUUCGUGCUGGGGUCAGAGGGCUUCACUUCAGGCCGCCACGCCUGGGAGGUGGAGGUGGGCGGUAAAGAGGACUGGAUGCUCGGCGUGGUCAAGGAAACCAUUGACAGGAAAGGGCGAAUUUCGGGGUGUCCGGAGGGGGGCUUCUGGAUGAUCUCUCUCUCUGAGGGCGAGUACUCAGCGAUGACGAGGCCCAGCACGCCGCUCCACCUGGAGGGCGACCUGACCAGGGUCAGGGUGCAGCUUGACUACGAGGCCGGAGAGGUCAUUUUCUCCAACCCUUUGACCAUGAAGCCCGUCUACACCUUCACUGACUUUUUCACUGAAAAGAUGUAUCCCUUCUUCUGCCCCGGAGUCAACAUUAAUGGGAGCAACCCCAAACCUCUGAAGAUCUGCCCCGCCAACGUGGCUGUGUGGAACAGCGCGACCUGGUGAUAUGGAAGCAGUGAUGUGUUAGAUUACACAUGUGAUGAUGUUUUUGGGCAGGUGUGAACUGAGCAUGAUAUAAAGAAAGUACUAUUUUUAUUGUUUUUUUACAUUAAUUAACACCAGACACUCUUAUACUAACUCCUUUAAUCGCCUUUCUGUUUCUCAAUCAGCCGCAGCAGAGAGAGCAUCAUUCUCGCCCUGGUGGUAAAAAAAACACACAUUUUAAAUCUCACACUACACCCAAUUUCAUUUUAAUCUUACAAAUCACACAAAUAAAAGAAAGUUUACUGAUAUCAAGAUUUUCAUGUGCUACAAGGGUUCCCAGUCACUCUUUAAGGCAAAAAUAUGUUUCAUAAGAAUAUCCUGAACAUUAAAUCAGAAGGACUGAGAAGACAACAAUGCUACAAACAUUGGUGCAAAAAAAACCAACAAAAAACAUCAAAAAUAAAAAACUAACAAUGUGUUGCAAUUGUGUUUCUUUCAAUGAUGCUGGAAAUUCAGAAAAUAUACCUAAAAUUUUAAUUAUUUUUUAAAUUCAUGUGGUUAUUUAUCCUCACCGGUCUCUUCAUUGUUUGGACCAACAACUGAACAAAACAAAAACAAUUAAGCCCAAAAUUAUUCUCACCACAGGUAGAUUUAGAUGUUGAAUAAGCUUUAUUUUACUAAGAUGUUUAUUUUUCAUAGAACAGGAGGCAGAGAUCUCUAAAAGAUAAUAAAAUAACUUAAAAGACAUUCAUUUUGAUAAAAUAAAAAAUGUUUUUACAUUUUAAUGUAAGGAACAUGUAAAGAAAUUAUGCAAACCUUUCUCGGUCAUCAACAGAAACGUCUUUACCGGCGUUAUAGCAAUCAGAACUCAUGUUUCCACUAAGAUUUUGCUGAUUUGUUUCUGGUGAUGACCUGUUUGACAUUAGAAGACCUUGUUACAAUCUCCCUAAACUUUAUUGACUCCCUCCACAGAUUCUCCACCAGAUUUAGGUCAGAAGUCUAACUGGGCUCUUCCAAAACAUUCAAAUAAUUUCCAGUAAAAAUAAACAUUUUGGUAACCCGAAUAGUCUCAUUUUGACUUGACUUCAUUUUUUCAAAUAUUUUUUUUGCAGUUUUUUUAUUUUAUGGAGACUGAACAAUACUUGUAACUUUUCUUUUUACAAGAACUCACGCACAAUCAUAAGUCCUGACAUUUCCUGUAUGACUGUCAGUGAAUAAACUGCUUCCUCUA